GUAAUUUCACCGAUAUGGCAGUAGAUGGCACCAGCACAUUCUAGAUUAUACGGGACAGCAGAGGAAGAAACAAUCUUUGUGUUCAAGUCACAACCUGCGAUCCAUAAAAACAUUACUUAAUGCGACUUUUUAGCUGGACUAACAGCGACGUAUUUAAACAUGCUGGACGGCAGCACGCCUGGGAAUGAAACGGGGCUCGCAGUCUUACAGGAUCGGGUCUCCGACCCUGCAGAUAAGACCCCCUCCUCCAGGUUCCUGCAGGCUGAGCUGGAGCUGAACGCCCACCUCCGGGGGCUCACAUUCGGAGAGCCGGUCCGCUACGUUUACAACCCGCUGGAGUACGCCUGGGACCCCCACCGCUGUUACGUGGAGAAGUAUUGUCAGCCUGGACAGAGGUUCCUGUUCCUGGGGAUGAAUCCUGGACCUUUUGGCAUGGCGCAGACCGGGGUUCCGUUCGGUGAGGUGAAAUCAGUCGUUAAUUGGUUGAAGAUCACAGGGGAGGUUGGUCACCCUGCUGACGAGCAUCCGAAGAGACGGAUCCUGGGCCUCGGUUGCACUCAAAGUGAAGUGAGUGGCGCUCGUUUUUGGGGUUUCUUCAGAAAACUGUGCGGUGAGCCCGAGCAGUUCUUCCGCCACUGCUUCGUUCACAAUCUGUGCCCGCUUAUUUUCAUGAACGCCAGUGGGAAGAACCUGACGCCCCCCGAGCUGCCUGCAGAUCAACGAGAAGCCCUGCUGUCCCUGUGUGAUGCAGCGCUCUGCAAAGCGGUGGAGGCGCUGAAUGUCUCCAUGGUGAUCGGUGUGGGGAGGGUUGCAGAGCAGCGGGCUCGGCGGGCGCUUUCUGCCGCAGGUGUCAAUGUGCAGGUGGAGGGCAUCAUGCACCCGUCGCCCAGGAACCCGCUGGCAAAUAAGGGCUGGGAGGAUGUGGCUAAAGCCAAGCUGGCAGAUCUUGGUGUCCUUUCAUUGCUGAGUAACAGCUAAGGAACCUCCUCUUAGACUCCUCAGCAGCCCAAUUAUUGUAAUGAUUAAUCAGGAGAUGAAGAGCUGCUGACAAAUGCUGGCAUGAAUAUCUUCCAUGUGCUCCUCCAUAUUCAGCCUGUUAUCACAAACACCUUUUAUGUUCCGUAGUGGAUGAAUCUUAACAUAAGGUUGCAAAGCUAAAAUGUCUCCAUGCUUCAGUAACCAGAGCAUGCUUCAUACAUGUGUACAUGUUUACAGUGGGGAAAAUAACCAUUCGGUCCUCUUACCGCUUUGUUUUGUUUGCUCACCUAAAAGGAAAUGAGCAAUCUCUUAUUUUUAUGGUUGGUUUUUUGUUGAGAACGACCAAAUAUCAAUCAACUCUCCAGAACAUAAACAGAAAGAGUAAAAAUAAAUUCAGUGCAGAGUUCACUGAAUAUUUGAUCCUCAAAACAAACAUGACUUUUUGCUGAGUGUAGAAAAAGUUGGUGUCCACCACUGUUUAAUGUUUCUUGUAGCUGGUCAGGGGGUUGCCCACCUCUGAAGAGGGGGUUUAUCCUAUGCAGUCUGGACAAGUCUGAUAUUUUAUUUCUCUAUUUUCUAGGUUUGAGUAAAUAUGGAGAAGAAAAUGAGAGUAUGAAAAGCAUUUGUAUUUCCAGACUUUAUUCCAAAUCCCAACGUUUAAAUGUUGCAGGCUUGCUUCCUUGUGUCCUACCUCCAGUCCUUCUUUUCUCUCCUUCCUUGCUUGUGCACUUUUUCCCUCUUUUCUUUCUUCCUACUGUUAUUCCGCCUUUGUCUUCUCCCUCAAUUGUUUGUUGGUGUCUUUCUUUCAGUCUUUUCUUCAUGCAUUUUUUAAAUUCCUGGUGUCUUCCUUUCUUUUGUCCCUAUCUUCUUAUAUGUGUCUUUUGUUCCUUUCUUGUUUGCUUAUUUUUCUUUCUGUUUUUGUCCCACCUGUUUCCUUCCUUUCUUCCUUUAGUCCUUGCUUUCUUGUUUCCUUCUUUCAGUCUUCCUUUAUCUCCUUGAUUCUUUCCUUUUAUCGUUCCUUUUGCUCUUUGUAUGUUUCCUUAUGCCCUUACUCCUUUUGCUCAUUGUGUCUUUCCUCCUCCCUUUUAUAUCUUAUCUUAUCUGAUCUGGAUUAAUAUCUGCUAUAUAAUGUACAAUUGUAUUUUGUAAAUGAACUUAAAGGACUGAGGAAUUCUAGAAAUUUUAGGCUGGAAAGGUCUAAGAGUUUUACAAGAAAAUUGUGUAGGAACAAAAACACUCCACCUAAGGUUUCCUAGUGAAAAUCUGAAUGAUUGAGAGAAGGUUUAGCAGAAUGUGAUGAAGAUGAGACCAAAGUCCAGCUCCUUGGUAGCAACUUGCCGUUUUUGGAGGAAAAGAAAUACUUGAUUUCACCUGAAGGUCAUUAUCUCCACCGUAAAGCAUGGAAACAUUAUGCAUGAUUUUAAUAGCCCAGACAACAUGGUAAAAUACCAUCAAAUCUUGGAGGAGAACCUUCUUACCUCAGCCAGAACCCUGAACAUGGCUCACGGAGGAGACUUCCAGUGUGACAAACCUAAAAUGUACUUUUAGGCAACAAAUCAGCAGGGGACCAAAUAUUUAUUUCUCCAACUCUAUUUGAAGCUCAGGUUAAGAGGAGACUCUGUGUUAACUUUUUUUGUCUGUAUUAGUAAAGUCUAACAAACCUGUUAGUGCUGCAAAUGGAAAUCAUAAUAACUGCGUAAAAAUAAGUCAUCCAUUAGACUUUAUGUCCAAUCAGGUCAUUUAUUCAUUAGCUGAAUAAAAUGUUACCCAUGACAAACCUAAAAUGACCAUUUUACUGGUGGGACUCAGUUAACACUCCUGACAUCAACUUAAAUAAAAUGGCUCCUAAACUUAACCAUUAGUACUUCUAAUAUGCCUUAGUGAUAGAGCCAAUGUCUGCCAUGUCAACUGUCUGUUUCCUGCAUUAAAUCUUGUUUUUGAAAAAGUUCACCUCAGUUUAUUCAGACAUUUUCAGCUGUUUUUGCUCCAACUUUAGGCUUUAAGCUCUCUGGAAAAAAAACGUUGGACAUGUGAGACUAUUAUACACAUUUAUGUUUUUGUACUUCUGUUUUAAGUGUUUAUUUUUUAUAUUUGUUUGGUUUUAAGAAUGUAUUUGUUGUAUGUUUGUUCACUAGUGUUUUAAGGUUCUGUGUCUUUUGCUAUUAAAAUAAGAAAACUAUCAUGACUAUAAAUAAAUCUUGGAUCCUAAAA